AUGGAUGAUCAAUCAUCACUAUGGCUCACCUUGGAUCUUCUGCCACUCAAGUCCUUGGUGCUUUACAUGGGCAUCCACUUCAUCAACUGCAUCACCAUGUCCCAUGUUUUGAAGAACCUUACCCAUCUUGAUCUCAUUGACAGCGAGGUGCUCAGAAAACCCGAUACAGGCUUGGAGGCUCUUCAUUCUUUGACCCACAUAUGUCUGGUGCUUCAGAUGGAUAGUUCUCAUCCAGCUGCAAUCGUGCGUCUGGUCGGUAAUGCACGCCUCUGCGUACUGGCGUUUCGCGUGAAAGAUUCACACAGUCGCAUUGAAUCUUUCCUGGAAGGAUGUGGAAUCCAAGAUGAGCGAAUUGUGCUAUUAUCUACCGUGAUGAGGAAAAGAUUAGGCUACCGAAACCUAAGAAGAGUGAGUGGUUUGUCGCAAGCAUCGCCAGUAGAUUAUCCUAAGCGAUUUGAACAGAAGGGCAUCGCUGCUUGUCACACGAAAGCAUCAUCGGACUCGCGGGUUAUGACCAUUGCGAGAGCAGCCCUGAAGGCGAUCUCGAAGACGAUCUUGAAAGUGAUCCUGGAAGUGAUCCUGGAAGUGAUCCUGAGUGUGAUCUUGACACUGAGCCAUGCCCGACUUAUAGCAUGGCGAGGACAGAGGGUCACUAAAGAGAUUCCAGCCAUUCAAUGGACCAUGGCAGGAGUGGAAGCUUGA